GCUGCGGUCAACUACACCGAUACCAUCUCAACAACUUAUGACCUUUAUGUGUAUUCAAUCAUACCUUACCCGAUUCUUGUCAGUCCUUAAGUGUGUUCUGCGGGUAGGAGAAGCAAAAAUUAGCAUUGCAAAAUACAUAAAGAAAGAAAGAAAGAAGGGUAGAGAGAAAGAAAGAAAGAAAGAAAGAAAGAAAGAAAGAAAGGAAAGCAAGAAAGGAAGAAAGAAAAGAAGUAUAAAAAGAAAGAAAGAAAGAAAAGAAAAGAAAGAAGAAAAAAAAGGCAAUAAAAACAACAACAUUGCUGUCGUUGGAAUAAUUAAAAUGGACGAACAGUGAGAAGUGUUUGUAAAAAACCCAAAGAAGACACAAUUAUGGGGUGCUGUGCUGACAAAGGGAAAAGCGUCAUCGUCAGUCUAAACACGACGUUUAUGUUCCUCGCCAUAGGUAUCCUGGUAGUUGGCCUCCUCAUGCACUUUAACGCGGGUUUACUCUCCACCAUCUUGUCUUACGUCACGACCAUGUUGAAGGGCCAGCUCGACAGCCUGAGUCAGGGCAGCAACGUCCCGUCCGGGCUCAAAAUCGAUGUAUCCGCCGAGGACAUAGAGAACCUGCUAAAAGACUUGAUCGCCAACAUGGGCAUUCCGCUCAUAGGGCUCGGCGCAACUCUUGUCGUCAUUUCCGGUUCCGGUUUGUUUGGCGGAUGCUGUAAAUCGACAGUUUUGCUCAUUUUGUAUUCACUGUUCCUGAUCGUUAUAAUCGCCGCUCAAGCUGCCUUCCUGUAUUUCUUUCUGACGUCAGGGAAUGUGCUGCACCAGAAGAUUCAGGGAGCGAUGAAGGACACGUUAAAGUUCGAGAACUAUGACGGAAUCAACAGUACCAAAAUCACCACUAAACUGUGGACAGCCAUGAUGGACAAGCUGGACUGUUGUGGCUUGGACGGAAGUGAAGAUUUCGAGAGCACUGAUUGGUCGAACGUUACGAUUCGUAAGACCAUGAAGGUUCCGGUGGCCUGCUGCAAGAAUAUCAGCACCGCUAUGGAGGAGACGAUAAAUGGAAAUGACCCGGCGUGUGCUGUGACUCCAACAGAAAGUAUUUCCAAUUACAAACAAGGAUGUUACCAGGCUAUGCUAGACGCCAUUAUGAAAACUGAUCUGGGACUGGGCAUAUUCGCUGGCUUAUUUUCUCUAAUAUUUCUCAUCGAAGUCUUGUUACUUUCAUUUGCCAUUGCAAUCAUAGUGGACAACACAAGAGGCAAAAGUAAAGUUGGCCCAAGAUGAAGAUACUAAUGUGAAAACAAGUCAUGUUUCUAUUAAAGAGACAUUCCUGAGUUUGCUGCAUUGUAAGA